AAAAACAAAAUUAAAUUAUAUAUUUAUAGAUAUAUAAAUCCUGAAUUGGAAUGCCAUUUCAGCUCCCAUGAUAUCAAAAUCAAACAAGAAAGCAACCAGCCCCUUCCCUUCUUUCUCUCUUUCUUUCUUCAAGAAAACACGCAAAGAAAUCAAAAACAGUCUCUUUGGAUCCAAAAACCCAAAAAAGCUUCGGUCUUUUCCACAAAAAUGAAUGAAGAAACCACCAGACCACCACCACCGUCAACAGCAGAACCAGCACCAGCACCAAGAGCAAGACCAACAAUAAGAAAGCCCACAACCUCAGUCUUACCACACCAAACCCCAAGACUUAGAGACCAUUAUUUGUUAGGCAAGAAACUAGGGCAGGGUCAAUUUGGAACCACAUAUCUAUGUACCCAUAAAGCAAGCAACAAUCUUUAUGCCUGCAAAUCAAUUCCAAAGAGGAAGCUUUUAUGUAAAGAAGACUAUGAGGAUGUUUAUAGAGAGAUCCAGAUCAUGCACCAUUUAUCAGGGCAACCAAAUGUGGUGCAAAUUAAGGAUACUUAUGAGGAUCCAAUGUUUGUACAUUUGGUCAUGGAGUUAUGUGAAGGUGGUGAGCUUUUUGAUAGGAUCGUGGAAAGGGGUCAGUAUAGUGAGAAAGAGGCUGCUAACUUGAUCAAAAAUAUAAUUGGGGUGGUUGAGUAUUGUCAUUCUUUGGGGGUUAUGCAUAGAGAUCUUAAGCCUGAGAACUUCUUGUUUGAUAAACCUGGUGAUGAUGCCAAGCUCAAGACUACAGAUUUCGGCCUCUCUGUCUUUUACAAGCCAGGACAGUAUUUUUAUGAUGUAGUUGGGAGUCCAUAUUAUGUUGCACCAGAGGUUUUGCUAAAGUAUUAUGGACCUCAAGCAGAUGUCUGGAGUGCGGGUGUUAUCCUUUACAUCCUAUUAAGCGGGGUUCCACCUUUUUGGGCAGAAACAGAAUCAGGAAUCUUCAGACAGAUUUUACAAGGAAAACUAGAUUUAGAAUCUGAUCCGUGGCCAAAUAUCUCAGAAAGUGCAAAAGAUUUGGUCAGAAAGAUGCUUGAGAGGGAUCCGAGGCAAAGGAUUACUGCUCAUGAAGUCUUGUGUAACCCAUGGAUUGUAGAUGACAGGGUUGCUCCAGACAAACCUCUUGAUUCUGCAGUAUUGUCACGUCUGAAGCAAUUCUCGGCAAUGAAUAAACUUAAAAAGAUGGCUUUGCGUGUCAUAGCAGAAAGACUUUCUGAAGAAGAAAUUGGUGGUUUGAAAGAGUUGUUUAAAAUGAUUGACACAGACAAUAGUGGGACAAUAACAUUUGAAGAACUUAAACAUGGUUUGAAGAGAGUAGGUUCUCAGAUGACAGAAGCUGAAAUCAAGACUCUAAUGGAUGCGGCUGAUAUAGACAAUAGUGGAACAAUAGACUAUGGUGAAUUUCUUGCUGCUACUUUGCACUUGAAUAAGAUGGAUAGAGAGGACAAUUUGGUUGCAGCUUUCUCCUACUUUGACAAAGAUGGUAGUGGUUACAUCACCAUCGAUGAGCUUCAACAGGCUUGCAAAGAUUUUGGUCUUGGUGAUGUUCAUCUGGAUGAGACCAUCAAAGAAAUUGAUCUAGACAAUGAUGGGCGAAUAGAUUAUGGGGAGUUUGCUGCAAUGAUGAGAAAGGGUGAUGGAGGAGUUGGGAGGACAAGAACCAUGAGAAACAAUCUGAACUUCAAUUUAGCCGAUGCCUUUGGGGUUGAUGCCUUGGGGAUGAAAGAUGCAACCUCAGAUGCUGAUUGAAGGCAAUACAUUGUGCAGCUAUUGCAGCGGUAGAAAAAGCAAUAGCUAAAUUAAAGCUAGCCAUUUUCUGUGUUCAUAGGAUUCUCAUUAUUCUCAAGAUUCACCCAAUUGAAGGUUGACAAUAGCGUCUCGUCUAUCAUUGUGGUUUAGUUUAACCACAGAAACAGAGUGACCACAAUUAUGUGUCAUCGUUGUAGUUGUAAUACUUCUUUUGCAUACUGCAGAAAAUGUGCAAAAUUGCUUGCUAAUGUGAUAAUAAAUUUUGAUUAUGAAAA